UCAAUAACAUCGUCGUCGACGACGCCGACGUCGAGAGCGUCGUCGCGUGUACGAGGCGUCGCGUCAUUCGCGAAAAAGUCGGGACGACGGAGAUACGCGUAAUCGAGAGACGCCGAGAAUAUCGUCUAUUGCGUAUAUACUUGAUCCGUGAAGCCGGGAGAACCGCGCGACGACGAGGACGACGAAGAGGGAAUGAGAUUUGGCGGGACGCCCUUAUCGCGCCUUUCCACGAACCAGGAACGCGAGGGAGAAGCGCCGAGUGCCGAAUCGCCGCGGUCCCACCCACGAGAUGGCUAAGAACGUAGGGGAGAGCCGGAUACCUGUUCCACGGGCAGCCCGACCGUCGUUCUUUCCGAAAUCGAGAGUCCUCGAGGCGUCGAGGCUCUUAUCGGGAAGUCGUCGAUCCACAAUCUUCUCGGGAUGCUUUCAGUUCGUUAAUACCGAGGACGAAUCGCCUACUUCACGGGAAAAGUUCUCGGGCUUCACGACAUCGUCGCCUACCAUUAAAACCAAUUCAGCGACAAAUGAGACGUUCACGAUAUCACCAGAAUGGGACAUCGACAAGAGUGAUGUGCAACAAUUGGUACACCUCAGCGAGGAAAAAGCAGCUUGUUAUAGGCUACUUGAAGACUCUCAGCUGAGCAUGAUCGAAGAUGUCGGCGAUACCUGUCUCGUAGAAUCUGGCCUGGGCAGUUAUAAUGAUGCGAGCGCAACGCCGCAUUAUUUGAUGCUCAACAAGCAAAACUCCUUCGAGCACGACGAGAGCCUUGGUAUACUGACGCCGGACCAGAUGACCGAUUUCACAGUAGCGUUGGAGUGUUCUAGGACACCAUCCUGCGAAAAUCUCACUGGUUCGGCCGGUUCGAAAUUAGCGUUGACCCGUGCGUCCGCUUCCACGAGGCCGUUGGUCGACGUGGAACCCGCCGAGGAGGGCUGUAGCGAAAGGACACCCUCGCCGGAAGAAUUGCCGCUCGAUCCUAAACCCGUGGAACCGAUCAGAGGCGGCAGUACCGUGCCGGUAAGCUUCGUAACGUCGGUCACGAGCAUCACUAGUCUCGAAGCGGGCUACCAAGGAGACGGCGAGAACUCGAGACCGGCCAGUCGCGGCGCGGAUCCACCAUCUAUGGCAGUGCCGCCGGUCAAUCUUCCCGCGCCCUGCCGCCAGGACCCGAUGACCGACUCGGACUUCUUCACCGAGAGCGACGCGGACGCGCACGAGGAGAUUGUGCGGGGUGACAGGAAAGCGCAAGUGAUCGACGGCACGCUGUUCUGCGCGCCAGGCGAACGCGUCUGUCCUAGCUUCACCGGAGAGGAGAUGGACUCUAGUGGAAUUUAUUCAGACUUGGACAAGCUGCAAGCCCCCGGCGAACAAGCGUCGGAAGAAAACGACGAUCACACCCCUGAUACAGGAGAUACUGAGCUCUCCCAGAGGAGUCAACCCACGCCGGUUGCAACGAAUGUUAUCAUGGAUUACUUACAGAAUCCCGUAAAGGUGUCGGACGAAUCGGGCAUAAACGAUACAACGAUUUCCGCUGAAAUUACGGUAAUCGAGAAAGUAGCCGAGAAUAAUGAGAACAUUAGGCCCAAACCACAAAACAAGGCUGAUUCGGUGCCUUUGAAAAAGUAUAAAAUGCCCAAGAGAAAUGUCGUUUCAAAGAUAAAGGCGAUGAUUGAGUCGUCUUCAAAAGAUGAUGCAGAAAAGGAGGCGAGACGUUCUCAAAGAUCAACUAGAAAGGGUGGACGCUGGGAUGCCGUAAUGAACAAGAUAGAGGCCGGUAAAAAUGAGCAAAGAACAAGGUCAGCUAGAAAAGAAGUCAAAUCGAGGGUAUUGCAAAAUCUCACUUUAUCGCCUGCUGCGAGACCAACGUCGAAGAAGGCUGGCGAUGCGAAUAACAAUAACAAUAAGGACAAACGGAGGAUGCGUGGCUGGCAAGAAAUGAAAUCGCCAACGCAGGAAACAGCCAGAAGUUCUGUUCGUAGUUCCAUGAGCGAUCUCAGCAGUGGCCCAAGUAAGGAUAUACCAAAGAGAUCGCCGACGUCCAGCAACCCGCCCAGGAGAUUCGUCUCGAACGGCCACGUUAAUCAUCAUCCGGUCCGUGUGAACAGUUUCGACGCGAAAAAGAACUGCAUCGACGUGACGACGGUCGAACUCGAGAAGAGCCCACCGGCAGCACGAAAGCCAGCAAUAACGAGGAGAUUAGCGGCUAACGCUACGACGAAACAAAAAUCCUCUGGACCGUCGAUAAAAGAUCGUGAGUCCAAGGAGGCUCAUCACAACACCACCUUUACGGUGAGGACGCGGGAUCAGGCCGCACAAACCACCGUACCUUAUGAAGAUUUUCACGCGGAACAUGCGGAACGAGCCGUGCAAGCGCUUGCAGUGAGCAUUCACUACCUGGCUUUCGAGUUGGAUGCAUUCGCUACUCCCCAAUUGAAGAAAGAUUUCGAGAAGCUGAAGACCGAUUGCGAGAAGAUGAAGAACGAACGAUCGGCUAUGCUUUCGGAGGUCGACGCUUUACGCGCGAGAUGCGUCAGUAUGGAGGAAAGACUCGAAGCAGAGAGGGAGGAUCACAGUAAAGAUCUGGACCAGCUUCGCGACGAGUUGGAAGCUCAUAGGGCGAAACAGGUUGCCGCACUCGUCGAGACUCUGAAAGAGGAAAGGCGCAAAUACGAUAUUAGACUGGACGAGAUCAUGAGGGAACAUCGCGCGACGAUCGCGAAAUUACGCGCCGAGCACGUCAACGAGCUGGCUCGCAAGGAAGAGAUGAAGAGAUCCCUCGUUCACGACCAGGGUGCAGGACUAAUGGCGGAGAUUGAAUCUUUGAGAACCGUAUUGGACCUGAAGAGUAAAGACAAUGCGGCCCUUCGAUCGGAACUCGACAGUUACAGGCGCGACAUCGAGGAGAAGGAUGCGUUGCAGAUGCGACUCGAUAUGGCAGAGGCGAGGUGCGAAGAUUUGAAGGCCCAGCUUCAAAGAAAAGAUUCCUUCGAACGGCAGGUCUCGCACGAAAACGAGAUGCUCCACGAGUCGAUUCAUCAAGUCUCGAAACAUAAUAAACGACUCUCACAGCGUAACGAGGAAUUACAAUGGAAGCUGCGAAACAAGAACGACUGGGUGAGCGUUCUUGCGAAUCAGUUGAAUCCAAGACUAACCCGGUCUACGGGUGCAGAACAGAUGGAACAUAGCUUCUCGGCCGAAAAGAACGGCGCUCACUCGUCAUCAUCGAUGAUGAAAUUCAUGGUCGAGAAGGGCGCCUCCGUCUCUUGGACGCUGGAAAUUGACGAUUUAGCUAAGGGAUCGUCGUCCGACUCACUCGGCACGAAGGUGGUACCUAGAUCCACGGAAAGCGCGACGUCAGUUUCUAGGCAAGGAUCACUGAGAUUGUCGAACAGAACACCCACCAUGGACACCAGAGCGAGAUCGAAGAGUGUCUCGACAACUACGUGCGAUUCUGCUCGCGCCGCGACGGUAGAGGAAGCUGCCGCUGCGUGGUCGCCCACAUUCAAUUCGACGCCGAUCGCGCGACGACGUCCUAGAAAGGACCAAUCGUCGCCCUGCUCCUCGUCAUCCUCUUCGUCGUCUUCCACGUCGUCCGUGGCGCCGACCGUGAAUCCGGCGGUAGCUGCCGCGGUGGCAGCCGCUGCGGCCGCGGUGGAUGAGUGCAGCAUCAGCGGCGGUCAGAGACCUCAGGAGGCCGGCGGCGAGGCGAUGAUCUCCGAGGAAACGUCGGCGUCCAGCAGCGAGGACGAGUCGUCCACCGGUAGCGAUAUCCCGCGUCUGGGAAUACAGUUUGCUUGGGGCAAGCCGAUCAAGUAACACUCGAGCGAACGAUUCGCGGCCUGCUACGCUUAUUACCUGUCUACGCGUCCUUUCUCUCGCGUAACAAAGUUGUUUCAAAUCGUACGGCCGCUACCUUUGUUCUUGCCUACAGAGUGGAGUUGAAUUCAUUUUCAUUGCACGUGAUCAUUCCCCUUCGUUCGUUUGUAUCGGAUAUAUUAUGUUUCAUAUUGUGUAACGCCGGCAUCGCGGUUUUUUUUGUUUCUGUUAUUGUUUUUUGUUUGUAACUGAUGUAUCCGGUAACGAGUUUAGAGCGAGAAGAAAGUAGCGUUUACGUUUUGCGUUUUAAGCAAAUGUGCCGUGCGAUUAAACGAUUCCGGAGUAUAAUGUUAUAAGUUUAGUAAGAUAUUUAAGAAUGAAUUCCACGACGUAUUUUAACGUUACGACUGUAUAAACUAGACUAGUACGAUUGUUUCCGUGAUUUUUCGAUUAUGAAGACACGUUUCACACCUUUUCUUCUUGACCUAUUUGCAAUUUAAGGCAACAAUUUAAUCACCUGGGUUUAAGACUAGGAUCUUCGAAAUCCAUUAUGUAAUGAUUUCUUGAUAUAUACAACGAAACUAUUUCGUUUGCAGCAAUCAAGGCAAUCGUGUCUUUUUUCAGAGCAAUGUAAAGUUCAUGAUGUUUAAAAUCUCGUAGAAUUUUUUUCGUUUUCCGAACUUUAACAGGCAUUGAAAAGGGAAAUUUAAUGCCACUGCGGCUAAUAAUUUUUAUUGCGAUUCUCUGGAGAAUUUUACAGUCCAAUUAUCUGGACAUCUUUACAUUUAAGUGAGUGGAUUUUAUAAGUGCUACUUCUUUCUUUUUUUCUUCUUGGUACAGAGACCAUGUAAUAUUGCAAAAAUUAACUAUAAGAGUGUGACAGAAAAGAGAAAUAUUCCACGUUCGCAAUCACCGAUUUCAUAUUUAUAGAUCUAUUUUUUUCGCAGAUAAUGCGCAUUAUCUUUUUCUUCAUUAGGUUUGCAAAUUUACGACUUGAGCAAAUUAUGUAUUUUAUUGCCAAAUGUGCGGAACGAGAUUGCGAACGAUGUUUGUCCGUAAUUUGUCCUUGUGUAUAGCGAUACGAAAUCCGCGGACGGAUUACAUGGCAAAUUCCGUAAAGAAAAAAAGCAGUGAAAACUAUUAGCGACAAACCAACACGUUGCGACAAGAGUGUUAUUAAUUUCACAGUCCGUUCCAUAGACGAAUAGUAGUUUAGAUGUAAAGAAAAGAAAAGAAACGCAUCGCAAGCGCCGGAAAUCAAGUAUUAAGUACUCAUCGAGAAAGUACGUUUUCUUUUCUCAUUGUGUGCUGAUAAGAUCGAUGUAUUAUAUACUUCUCGAAUAAAUAAGUAUCAUCUAUAAAUUGUAGCAAUUUGAAAAGAUUUCUGUUUGUCUUUGUCAAUUGCUAUAAUUACGAAAAAGCUCGUACCUCGACUAUAUAUAUAUUAUAUUCAAUUUUGUCUGGCAUUCAAGAGUCGAUAUUUCAUUUAUUAACAAAAAAUGUAUCGAUAAUUAUUCUGAGGAAUCUCUUGAAUACAAAAGAAUUUACGAGACUUUGGCAAGUAGAGAAUAGCAUAUAUAUACACACAUUCACACACACAUACACAUAUAUAAAAUCGUAAAAGUGAUUUGAAAUUGCGAUGUGAUAAUAGAUUGAUUCACUUAAUCCAAAUCGAAAUAAGAGGAAAAAAAUAUAAUUACUGUUAUGGUUCAUGAUGUCAUUUAUUAAUUAGAUUACUUGUUUAUACAUCUGUGAUGUCCUCUUUGUUCGAACAUUAAUAAAAGAUUUUGUUAUGCGAGUC